AUGACCCAGCUGCUUCCACACGUUUCCCAGACCUCUCUGGGUGAGACGUGUGCUUUCUAUCUGGAUUACAUCACCGCCGGCGUGCCCUCUUCGUUACACUCUCUCCACCAUAAAUUCGUCCUGCCCCUCAUCUCAGGUCCCGCAUUAUCAACUCCCUUAUUGCGCGCCCUCAUUUCCCCGCCAGACUGGGCUUCCCAUUACCGUGACGACACCUACAAAGCAGCGGCCGCCGUCACCCUCGUCGCUUGUGCGAUUGCCCUUGUGGUAAUGUCUUGGCGUAACUUCUGGCGACGUCCUUCCCCCUCCUACCACCCGCCGAAUACCAGCGAGCGACCCUACACUUAUCUCACAGCUGAUGACAUCGUUGACCCACCUGCGCGGACGUACGAUGGCAGCGCCUACGCGAGAGGGGAGGACGAUGACUCCGAGCCCGACAAGCUCGUCCUGAACCACCGCAAGGUGACAUAUGAGCUUCAUUUCCCGCCUUACUCUAUCAAUGACGGCACGUUAAGCGUCGGCAAGCUGAGACAGAGUGCUGCAGAGGUCACACACACCGCCGACCCUAAUCGCAUCCGGCUGCUCUACAAGGGCAAGCUGCUAGAUGAUGAUUCGCUGCCCUGCCGCCUGGAGGGCCUCAAGCAACAGUCCGAGAUCCUGUGCGUUGUAUCGGAGGUGCAGUCGGGCGCAAGAACACCUAGCGACAUAUCUGAGGCUGAGCGGACGAGCAGUGAAGCCCGUCGCCCACCUCAUCAACACAUCCCCGAAAUCGCACCUAAGGGCAAACGAAAGAAUAAGGGCAAAAACAAAAAGAAGAAACCUCCAUCAGCCUCAGCUGACUCUCCCGACGAAUUGCCUGCCCCUCCCCCGCGACCUGUUCCCUCGACUAGCAGUUCCGCACUUCCACCUCCAGCCCCUAAUCUAAAGAACUUCCCAGACCCUCUCGAUCAAGUUUACGCCCUAAAAGCAUACUUCCGCAAGGAGCUUCUCCCGCUCUGUGAACAGUAUAUCGUGGACACACCACAAGAAGAGAAAGUGCGCGACUUCGAGCACAAGAAGCUCGGCGAGACUAUUCUAGCACAGAUAAUUCUCAAGGCAGACGGCAUCGAGCCCGCAAACGAUGAGACCCGGAUCGCACGAAGGGCUCUGAUCAAGGAGGCGCAAUCUACUCUUAAUACGGUUGAUGCCGCGGCGAAGGCUGAUUAA